AUGAUCAAAUCUGAUUGUGAAGGAAAUAAAGAAAUGGAUCCGCCGGACUCUCGGACAAAUUUACUGUCACGCUAUUUGGAAGAAUUUGUUUUGUCCGUUCAGGCACCCCCCACAAAUCUAAAAUGGCCUGAUUCCGGAUCCGAUUCCAUGCUAUCCCAUUACGCUCAUCCCAAACUUUGUCAGGCCCCUUGCUCGUCCAAUUCGGACGAGUACCGGUCAAUUCAUAGUGUAUCCUCUCCGGAUGAGGUAUUAGAUUUAUCAACCAGG